CUACGUCCAUUUCCAAACUCUCUUUUUUUGAUACUGUCUUAACCUUGAAACAACAGCCUUCUCUCUUCUCUAAUGUCUCCUCUUCCUUAUCACUCUUUCUUGUGUAAUAAUCUUUUGAAGUAAAAGCAAAGAUAACCCAGACCAGACCAAACCCAUUCUCAAAUAUGCCCUAUACUCUCUUACCCCUCUUCCAAAAUACACAUUCAGUACACUCCUAUUCUCUCUUUCUUUCUUUUGCUUCACCAUGGAAACCCCGACCACUCUUUCUCCAGAAAAACCUAACAGAGACUAUAGCUCCUUAGUUGACACUUCUCGCCCUUUUCGCUCCGUCAAAGAAGCCGUCGCCAUUUUCGGGGAACGGAUUCUUGUCCGAGAAAUUUACUCUCCGAAGCCUUACUAUACGCCUCCUACUCCUACUACUCAAGACCAUGCAUGGAUGUUCUCAUCUCCAACUACUCCAGUAAGUACAAUAAACCCUAACAAAGAAUAUGACCAUGAAAACAACAGUGAGUUCUUUGAUACUUUAAAGAAACUCGAGACUGAGCUUGAGGAAACAAAGGUGGAGCUGAAGCUGCUGAAGGAGAGGGAAUCGGAGACAGAAAUUGCGGUGGCUUCUUUGAAUGCUGAGCUUCACAAGAACAUGUCUAAGUUAGCUGAGGCAGAGGCAGCAGCAGCGGCUAAGAAGGGGGCGGCGAUGUCUCGAAGGGUGAGUUUCGAAACGGGAAAGAAAGAAGGUGCUGUGAGAGAGGAAGAGAAGAAGAGAGAAACGCUGAUAAGGAUGGAGAGUUCGUCGUCUUUAGCUCAUAUAUUGAGUCUUGGAGAAGAGAAGAAGUAUUUAAGAGGGAAAAAAGAGAAGAAGGAGGUGACGAAGAAGAAGCCUAUUGUUCCUCUUCUUGGAGAUUUGUUCUUCUUCAGGAAAAAAGGGUCAUCGAACAAGACUCUUAAUAAUAAUCCUCUCUAUGCAUCUCCUCAUGGUGUGUUUUAAUUAGGGAAGUUUGUAAGAAGAUUUUAAGUUCGUGAAUGUUUCAGGUUGAAUUUAAUUAAUUUCUGUUGAGUUUUGUAUUGCAAAUGUUGUCUUUUUACUGUUUGUAUCCGUCUUUGUAUCUGUAAGAAACUUUUCGUUAUUGCUUCUUGUUACAAGGUUUUGCAGGCCAGUCAUGCAGACAAAGAAUUUGGGUUCUCUUUUUCCAUUCA